AUGAGUGACUUAAUUCCCGAUGGAUUCUUCCCAGUCCAAGGCGACCGUCAGUCCCCUCCUCCACCCGCACCAAGCAGCACCGACGGGCCCUCCGCCACACCUAGCGGAAGUGCACCACAGGGGCAGGAAGAGAAUAGGGUUGUGACGGCCAGCCAGGAGGGUCGCCCAAUCGGCCUGGCAAGCCCUUCUACACCCAAGUUCAAGAAGAAACCAGACCGCUCGGCAGCCACCAUCACCGCCCCCUGCAGUGAGUGCGGUAAGAGGUUCUGGUCGCAGAAGGCCCUCUUUGGCCACAUGCGCUGCCACCCGGACCGCCAGUGGCGCGGCAUCAACCCCCCACCGCACAUCCGCCGCCUCCAACCCUCGCUCGAAGUUCCUUCUUCGCCUACCCCACGAACUCGUCCUCUCCAAGGAACCCACCGACGAUUCCAAGACCUGGAGCACGAGGUGGCGUCGUACCUCGUCAUGUUGUCCAAUGGGCCUCCCCGGGCCGAGGCAGCGAAUUCCUCGGCGGGCACACGGUUAGGCCACAAGAUGUUCUCCGGUUCUCUCGUCGGGCAGGGUGGUUUCAACAUGGCUAGACGCCGAGGAAAAGAUGAACGGGGAACAUUUGGCUACAGCAGCGACGACAGAUUCACCGAGAAAAGCUUUUCUCUCUCCAGGGAGCAAGGAUCCGUCGAGCAUCCGAGAUCCCGCCCAGAUGAGCAGGGCGGAUGUCCCCCGUCUCCCAGACGACACGUCCCCGACUUAAACUUCCCACCCCCACACGACAACAACGAUCAUUUCCUCAAACCAUUUCCGAAGUCAACGUAA